AGCCUAACCGCUCGAAAUACAGUAGAGUUCAAUGAUUUCUUGGCACAGAUUGCCGACAAAAUAACAGAAGAAGAGUUGAAGAAAAUGAAAUUUCUCUGUGAUGAACAAAAAAACAAUAAUUGUUUACCACGAGGAAAGCUCGAUGCUAUCAAAACCCAACGCGAGUUUUUGAGCUUCUUACGCCAUCACGAUAAAAUCAGCCUAGAAGACGUAUCCUAUUUGGUAUGGCUACUCAGAAACGUCGGAUGCAGUAAGCUAGCCUCUUCAAUCGAGGAACAAGGUAAGAUUCUGGUAAAGACACGAGUGCAGAUGGAUUUUUUAUAAUCGAAUGAUGCUUCCAUUGUUUUUCCUUUAUGAAUAAUGCGUCUUGACAGACAUCAGAUAAAUUCUUGUCAGGUCUUCGAUAAAAUCAAAGUUGAUCUGGCCGUGAGCCCGUUAGAGAAAAUUAAUGGUAAGGAUAAAUGUGCCAAAAUUGGCGGUAUAUUUCACGGUCGAAGAGUUUGCAUUUGCAAAUUGCGGCUGCAUGGAGUGAUGUUUGAUUGGCAGUAAGAUUGAUAAAUUUGAAACGGCGUGCAUGCUUCGGCUUACUUUGGACGCUGAAUUUGGCACCGAGAGCGGUAAUUAGAUAACAGCGUAAUAUGUGACUAACACAGUCUAUAGACUGUAUCAUUUUACGCCACUAUCUGCGUCUGUAUAUCUACAAGCAGUCAGAUUUUAAGCCGUUAACUAACGGCGCAGAAUCUCUCGGUAAGCCGUUAACUAACAGCGUAAUUUGACUCAGUCGGUAUAAAUACAUAUUGUAAGAUUUAAUACCGGCGCAGAUGGUGGCAUAAAAUCCUUCAGUCUUGGACGCUGAAUUUGGCACCGAGAGCGGUAGUUAAAUAACAGCGUAAUAUGUGACUAACACAGUCUAUAGACUGUACGAUUUUACGCCACUAUCUGCGUCGGUAUAUUUACAUACUGUAUGAUUUUAAGUCGUGAACUAACGGCGGAGAAUCUCUCAGUACGUCGUUACCUAACGGUGUAAUUUGACUCAGUCGGUAUAUAUACAUAGGUAUAUAUACAUACUGCAAGAUUUAAUACCGGCGCAGAUAGUGGCAUAAAAUCCUUCAGUCUAUAGACUGUGUUAGUCACAUAUCAUCUAUAUUCCCCUAAAAAGAGGCUGGACCUCAACGUUUUCGAGUUAACAGACUAAAAUAGAAAUGGAGUGACUUCUGUCGUCAUGCUUUUAAGGAGUUCAAGAACUUGCGUAUAUGCUCCGAACACUACGAGACUAAACAAAUCGCGAAAACACUUUCUGGGGACGGUUUCGAUGAUAUCUAAUCAGCAUACAGACAUUAGAAGUCCAAGUUAACGCAGAAAAGGGUCUUAUGAGCGGAGGAAACGAAAUUUGAGCGCAGACAGCAGAGAAGUUUUUCCCGCUGACAUUUCCUUGUUUCUUGCCAGACGGAUAUUGACCACCAACAAAUGGACGAUAUAAUAAAUCAAAGGGCUCUUGGAGCCAGCUCAUUCAUGUUAUGGCUUAAGUUUGUAUCGAUUUCUUGGACUUGUUGAAUAUAGGUACAGUUGAAUUCGGUUUAUGUGAACUUCGAAGACUUAUGGAAUCAAUUCUCUCAUUUUUGGGCAGUUGUGUUAUAAGAAAACUUGUGCGUUCGUCGUGAUGGGAAUUGGAAGAAAGGUUGUGUGUACUAUGGGCAGGGGUCGUUUGGCAGACAGUGUCCUUUUUGUUGGUGAGUGUGUGUGUUUGUGGGGCGGAGGGUAGGCUGGGUGGGCAUAAUCAGGCAUCAAAUAUUGCUUUAGCCGCAAAAUAUUAGUUACCCUCAUCUUUCACGAUCAUUUGCACUAUUGUGAAAUAUUCCUUUCCCGUUUCUUGAUAUCUUUUGUUUUUAACAAACCGGCCACAAUCGCUCUAAAUAGAAUCUCAAGCCCUCAUAUGGUCUGAUUUCCACAUAUUAAUAUUUGCGUAAUCACCAAACAGAUGAGAGAUAAGACCACCAGAAAAGUAAACAAAUGCUUUUCCCUAUAAUAAUUCGCUGGUGCCUCAUGUAUAUAAGACACAUGGAAAAAUCAGUGUGUGUACACCCCUGAACGUUGAAAAUAUAACAAGUCGAAGGAACAGUUUUAGUCUCUAUCCGCAUUUUUUGUUAACAAAAUGAACACAUAUCGGUUAAAACGAUGAAAUGUACGGCCACGUGCAAGCUGUCAAUUGUUUAUCGAAUAUUGCGCGUGUUAAAUAUUCAAUAGUUAGUUAAAUAUUCAAUAGUUAGUUAAAUAUUCAAUAGUUAGUUAAAUAUUCAAUAGUUAGUUAAAUAUUCAAUAGUUAGUUAAAUAUUCAAUAGUUAGUUAAAUAUUCAAUAGUUAGUUAAAUAUUCAAUAGUUAGUUAAAUAUUCAUAAGUUAGUACAUUCUGAACCGACAUCACACAAAACAACUCGUGCGCAAAGAAAGAAGACUAUAUGAAGGUUCGAAAUUAUAGUAAGAACGAUUGUGAUCAAGAAACGGGCAAGGAAUAUUCCACAAUAGUGCAAAUAAUCGUGAAAGAUGAUCGCGAAAAAGCGAUUGCGUGACGCUCGGUGAGUUGUAAGAUGACAUGUCAUCACGUAUCAGACGAAAAAAAAUUUUGAAAAUCUCAGUCGGCAUUUUGUACCUAGUCUACAUUUUGUACCCGGUCUGCAGUCUGCAUCUUGUGCUGAACGGAUUGGUAUUGCUGUUUCUGUUCGAGCGAGCCUCAAGUCCGAACCGAAAUAUUGGAGCUCGAAGAAAACUCUAUUGAGACCAUCUUGGCCGCUAUGAUUGAUAUGUGGACUAUAUAUUUGUUGAAUAACUCACGAGGAAAUGUACAGGAAUAGAGCAAUGAUUAUUUUCUACCAACUGAAGACGAACGCAAAUGUGCGGCUUACCAUUGUGGCCACCUCUGAUGCUCUUUCGCGUGGUCACAACGUGAGUUGAAAUGAACCCGCUACGGGUCCUCUAGGUGUGAACAUUUCGGCUUCUCGACUCAAGUUGCAUUUUCAGAAGUUCGGAAAUGUUAUUUGAGGUUAUUAUUUUUACUAAACCAUAUAAAUAUUUUAUUUCGUUCCACUUGAAUUUCUGAGCUUCAUCGAAAUUAAUUUUGACUUUCACUAAGUGGGGAGGGGUAGCAUGCAAGACUACUUCCGUUCACGGUCCACAAUGCAACUUCCGUCCACGGAACACAAGUUCCGUCCACGGUCGACAACUUCCGUCGACAUCUGCUCCACCACGAUACCUCAUUCAUUGCUUUCCGCAUGAAUGAGCUAAAAAUGAAUCGAUGUUAAGAGCUGACAACAAAAUAAUUCGAAACGGACUCAAUCACAUACCAGCGUUGAAACAGAAACUUUUCAGGAAUAUUGUACUGAAAAAUUACGAAUCCGUGAAAUUGUUCACGGGAUUUCCUGAACUUUGGUUUGUCUAAUGGCAAUAUUUAAUAUUUUGAAACCUUUCGCCGAGAAACUGAAACAUUGGGAUCGCAAUAAAUAAAAAAUCUGCUACUACCACUUAUGCCUCUUGCUGAUAAAGUAUUACUAGUUUGCGCUACUUUUUGUAAUCCUUUACCUCCACUUACAAAGGAGAACUCUCCAGUAUUCUCAGUCCUAAUUUAUUACAAAAAAAACUAAAACUAAAUUUAUUAUGCAAAGAAAUCUUUCAGCUUUAUCUUACCUACUUUAACUACUUCGAACUGUUGGUUUAGUUCAGAAAACAAAGGAUUUUUUCGGGAAUUGAUCCACCGAAGAUAACAUUGGUUAACAGACAAAAACUUGUGAUACCACGGUCACUUACUUUUCUGUCAUAUUACAAUGCAUCUAUAAGCACUGUCAUAUCUUUCGUAAUAUUAAAACACAACAAGCAAAUCAAGUGUAUCCUUUAACCUGUAAGACUAUUUUGCAUUUUGUAAGAGUACAUUAAAUUAAUUUAACAUGGAAGGUUCUUGAAUUCCAUUGUGGUUCUUAAAGGCUUAGUCAGGCAUGAGUAGCCUCUUCAUGAAUCUUUCCAAUUGGGAGUUCAGGCACCAUAUGAUUCAAAAAAGCUUUGAUAGCUCCCACAGUUCUUUCUCAAAUUGUACAGUUACUUUUAUUUAAUAGGAUUACACUGCUCCAAUCAUGAUAAAGCUAGAUUUGAUAGUAUAAAGCUUGCGUUUGAUAGUAUUCCCCAGCCAAUUCAUCAAGGCAGUGAGCUGCCCCAAUAUGGGGUUCAAGAUUUAUUUUGCUAAAAAUGCUCUUGACCUCCAAAAGUGUCUUGACACGACACUUACAAACUUGAGUUCUGCCUGGAGAAGCUCCCAGAUAUGGUUACUGCGUGGCUAAAAAAAAACCCACAUUGAAAAACCUCCAUAACCUUGUGUUUUGUUUAAUGUCCCUUGUUAUUCUCUUUGAUAGCCACAUCAUUCUUCUCAGAUGCGUGGAUUAGUGUAAUUUUGUCAUGUAUAUUAUUAUGCCAAAAAAUUGCACUAGCACAAUCUUUAAAGCCCCUAUUUGGGGUCUUAUAUUUAAGGUUCUACUGGUAUAUCCUCAACUUGUUUUUGGGACACUGUUGUGGUCGGCUACCGUUCUUGUAUCUGUUCAAACUUUUUCUUUUUCCUUUUUUUUUUUUGUAUUUUAGGUAUACCGUCGUCGCAGGGUGGUUUACCUCGAAAUCUUCCGUAUUUAACCGCACACUUCGUUGGAAGAGACGCGGACGUAGAUAAAAUCGUAAAGAAACUGCAGACCUUUCGUAUGGUUGUUCUUCUUUCUAUGCCAGGAAUGGGGAAGACUGAAGUGGGAAUCCGUGUAAGUCACUUGUUAAAGCAAAGGGGUGACCAGUUUGUAACACAUAUUCGAGUAGAAAGUCAUCAGAAGCUCAUAAACAUCUGCAGUGAGAUUCUUGAUCGAUUGAGUAGUCGCACCUAUUCGGAAACCGCUAAUUUUAUGUCUCUUGCGAAGCGUAAACUCUCGGAGCGAAAUAUCCCGACCGUCAUUGUCCUAGACAAUACAGAGAAUAUACAAGGCGAGGAAUUUGAUGAAUUCGCUCACUGGCUCGUGAAAUCUGCCCCUAAUGUAAAGUUAAUAAUCACUACUCGAAGACAUGUUGGAUUCGUGUCGCCAGACGUAUGUAAGUUACCUCUCAAACCUUUGAAUCUCGACUCGUCUGCUAAACUGCUUCGGAGUCUUGUUGAUGACUGUAGUGAGGAACACUCCAAGGAACUUGCUAAAUUAUGUGGUGGGAUACCACUCCUGCUUGUGACCUGUUCUGACGUACUGAACAAUGGUUUUAGUCCCGAGGUGUUAAUCCAACAGCUCGUGAAAAAUCCCAUACAACUUUUCAGGAUCAGUGCGGAGGAUGUUUAUAACACGCUGGAAGUAUUCUUUAACACUUUUUCCAAUGAGGUAAAAGAAAAUCUUGUCCUUUUCUCUGUUUUCCCAUCGGAGUUCAUACCUCAAGACGUUCAGUUUCUUUUUGAAGAUCUUUUACAUUGUGAAACAGCGAAGACCAUGAUGGUCAAGUAUGCUCUUCUUCAGAAGGACGCCGAUGGAAAGAUGAGGAUGCAUCCUUUGAUCCAAGCCUACUUCCGGACAGAGAAUGAAUCACUAGGCAUGGGUGUCCUGUGGCGCACCACUCAGCGUAAAUUUAACCAUCAUUACCUUGAUCAGCUGAGAGUUUUGAGCGAAGAGUUUAUUAGCAAAGAUUCAGCUUUGGAUGCGAUCCGUAAGUUUCGACAACAGAAAGCGAACAUCAUGGAAGCGCUGAAGAAUUGUCUAGAAGACUCCAGCGAUUUAGAUGAUAAAUAUUUCGUUGUAGACGUCGUUAAUGGUACAGAAGUACUGGAUUUUGUGGUAAAAGUUCUAACACCCCCUAAAGAGUGCACAAUGCUGUACCAGAAAUGCUGUGAUAUUGCUAAAGCGUCCGGCGACAAGAAGAGGCAUGCAGAGAGCUUGAAUUCACUGGGAUUCCGUCGUCUCUGUGACGUGGCUCACAGCAGAGACAGCCCAGAAGAAAACCAAGUCACACUUGCAAUGUUUCAGGAAGCAUAUGACAUGCGCAGGACACUACCAGAGGAGGAACAAAAGUCCCAAACUCAUGCGCACACCGCUAGUAAGCUGGGAGUGUGUUUUGUAUUGCAGGUGAGAUCAUAGUAACGAUAAAAGAGGACUGUGUGCAGUUUUUUUUUGUUUGUUUGUGAUUUUCUCCAUUUUGUGGGGCUUAUGAGAAUCUAACGCCAAGGCGAAGUGUGCAAGUUCCUCUUGUGUACCGAAGAUUGUAGGAAAUCUAAUGAAACUUUAUCAACAAUGGCGGAAAUGGGCGAGUUUGCUUCACUCCUAAUGGGGUGUCACUCGCACUAAGGUAGACUGGACCGGGAUAUUUACAAGAGUUGUUUGUUUUUCAGGGAGAAGAAAAAAAAGGACGCAAGCUCAUACUGGAAGGAAUUUCAAUCAGAAAUUCUUUACGUGGCUGUUUGUAUGUUGCUGCUGGAUACUGUGACCUUGGAAGUAAGUAAAUGUUUUGGUUUGCUCUCCGUAUAACACAAGCGUGUUCUUUUAAGAGACUGGAUGAGGCUAAAAGGGUGACAAAGCGCACUGUGAAAUUCCGAAUUGAGAGGUUUCUUUUAAUAAACCGAGAGAAUAACAAAUACAUUUCCAGCUAAAUAAAAACUGAAAAGAGGACAUAGUAAACUCAUGUAUUUGAACCUAGUCGAGUCUUAUUUUCAUGGAGAAAGAGAGAAUGGUCUUGUCUAUAGGCUUCGAUAUGAAAGUGAAACGAGCAACUCUGAAUGCUUGACCCCUAACAGCCUAACUUCCUCAUGCAUAUUCUCCAUACUGUUCUAAAACAUUUCCAGUGGCAUUGACAAGGAGAAUUUAGUCAACAAAUUUAUUUGAUCUAUUUUUAUGCGCUUAAUGUUUGAUUCAAAUGGGGCUGUGGCAAGGAAAAAUUCGAAGUUAGGAACCUGUGAUUUAAAGAGUUGAUGUUCCUUGGUUAGUCUUACAAUGAGUUGAUUUGUGAUAUGGGGAGGGAUUCCACUUGGGAAAUAGCCCUUUUAAAGUGUACGGCUUACAAGCUUUAUAUUCUUUGACAAAAUCACCCUCGAUGCGUACCUGCUUUGAAUCAGGGGUCCGUCUCUUUAUUCAUAUCAGUUGCUUCUUCUUAAAACGCGGUAAGGAUUCAUUAAACUAUGUAAAACCUAUAUCUUGUCCUAACACUUUCUCAGAUUCUUAUCGACUGUGUGGAGAUCAUCAAGAAGCAAUCGACAUUUGGAAAAAGAACACUCUGCCUGUUUACCAAGAGCAGCUUGGUGACCACCCCUGGACAGCUUCAAUUUUGUCCUUUAUCGCUGACUCGACGUACAAGGCCCUUGCGACUGGAAGCCCUGAGCGAGGUGACAUCAACCAGGCUGAGAUGUACUUCAGGGAAGCUCAAGGGCUACGAAAGAGGCUGUUGGGUCACCAUCAGGAUACAGCUCGUUCGUGCGUACAGCUUAGCGAUGUCUUAUUCCUUCAAGGACAAUUCGAUGAGGCUUUAGAGGAGCUCAAUGAGGCCUUUGUAAUUCAAAAGGAUAUUUUGGGCCCUGAACACAAGAUCACGAAGAACACAGUGAGUAAAAAGAGUGUCGUGAUGGACAAACGAGGAUCAAUUCCUCGUUAA